AAAGGACACACCAAAAAUAAUGGGGGUUGUGUUCUGAAUUCUGAUUGAUUGAAGAAGCUCUGAGAGAGAAAACAGAGAGAGGGUAAAGCAACAGUAGCAUGACCACCAAGUAACUAGGACUUGUAGUAGUAGCACCGUGACCACAACAACCAUCAUCACUCCCUUCUUCCUGAAUUCUGUACUUGUCAUCAAAACUGCACCUUUAGCUUCCAUUUCCUCUCUUUUCUGGGUUUCUGAGAUCCACUCCAUCUUCUCUGCUGAGAUCUGUUUGCUUUCAAACUUCACUUCUUUAUUCACCUUCUGACAAGAUUCUGUGUGCAAUGAACCUUUCUAUUGAAGAUUGCAACUUGGGGUGUUGGGGGUUGAGGAAUGAAGCGUAAAGCUAUUGUCUUUUCUUGUGAUACUACUGGUUUUGGUUGAGGAUUGAAGGGAGAAUCUUGUGGAUUUUCAAUGGGAUUUGCUUGGAUAAAGAUGACAACGAAUGAUAUUCUGCAGUUGAAAAAAAGGGAUGAAAAGGCUUUGGUUAUGGUGGUGGGGGUGUCAUUUUCUCAGAAUUUUGUUGCUUAAUUGGUCUACCUAGUGAGAGAAAGUGUGUGUUUUUGUGUGUGUUGUGUUUUGAAUUGUGGGCUCAAUUUUGUUGAGUUUGCAAAUUUGCUCAAAUGAGACUUUCUUCAGCUGGUUUUAGUCCUCCACCUCAGGAAGGGGAAAAGCGAGUUCUAGAUUCAGAGCUUUGGCAUGCUUGUGCUGGUCCCCUUGUCUCUUUGCCAGCACUUGGAAGCCGCGUGGUGUACUUUCCACAAGGUCACAGUGAACAGGUAGCUGUGUCAACUAACAAGGAAGUGGAUGCUCAUAUUCCAAACUAUCCAAGCUUACCUCCUCAACUGAUUUGUCAACUUCAUAAUGUGACUAUGCAUGCUGAUGCUGAGACUGAUGAAGUUUAUGCUCAGAUGACCUUGCAACCUCUGAAUCCUCAAGAGCAAAAGGAAGCAUACCUUCCAGCAGAGUUGGGCACUCCCAGUAAACAGCCAACAAACUAUUUCUGCAAGACUUUGACUGCUAGUGACACAAGCACUCAUGGGGGAUUCUCUGUGCCUCGCCGGGCAGCUGAAAAAGUGUUUCCUCCAUUGGACUUCUCCCAACAGCCUCCUGCUCAGGAGCUAAUUGCAAGGGAUUUGCAUGGCAAUGAAUGGAAAUUCAGACAUAUCUUCCGGGGGCAGCCCAAGAGGCAUCUACUUACUACUGGAUGGAGUGUCUUUGUGAGUGCUAAAAGACUUGUUGCUGGUGAUUCUGUGCUGUUUAUCUGGAAUGAAAAGAACCAAUUGCUUCUGGGGAUCCGCCGUGCUAAUCGACCACAGACUGUUAUGCCUUCAUCAGUUCUGUCAAGUGAUAGUAUGCACUUGGGGCUUCUUGCUGCGGCAGCUCAUGCAGCUGCGACAAAUAGUCGCUUCACCAUUUUCUACAACCCACGGUAUGAGCAGUACACGUUUGUUAAACUUUCAAGUCAUGAUAUAUUUGCUUUGAUUGACAUUAUAUUUUUUGUUUAUAAAUCCAGUGCUAGCCCAUCAGAAUUUGUCAUACCCUUAGUGAAGUAUGUUAAAGCUGUAUAUCAUACUCGAGUUUCAGUUGGUAUGCGUUUCAGGAUGCUGUUUGAAACAGAGGAGUCUAGUGUGCGGCGAUACAUGGGUACAAUAACAGGCAUUAGUGAUCUGGAUCCUGCCCGGUGGCCGAAUUCACAUUGGCGCUCAGUGAAGGUUGGGUGGGAUGAAUCCACCGCAGGAGAGAGGCAACCUAGGGUUUCUUUAUGGGAAAUUGAGCCAUUAACAACAUUUCCUAUGUAUCCAUCCCCAUUCCCUCUUAGGCUAAAACGACCCUGGCCUCCGGGAUUGCCUUCAUUCCAUGCAGGCAUGAAGGAUGAUGAAUUUGGCUUAAACUCUCCUCUGUUGUGGCUCCGGGAUUCCGAUAGAGGGAUGCAGUCUCUUAAUUUUCAGGGUAUGGGGGUUAAUCCGUGGAUGCAGCCAAGAUUUGAUCCCUCCAUGCUGAAUAUGCAAACAGAUAUGUAUCAAGCUGUUGCUGCAGCUGCACUUCAGGACAUGAGGAGUGUAGAUCCUUCCAAACAGCAUCCUAGUUCCUUACUUCAGUUUCAGCAACCACAGAACUUCCCGAACAGAACUGCUUUAAUGCAGGCCCAGAUGUUGCAACAGUCACAGCCUCAACAGGUUUUUCAAAAUAAUCAGGAGAAUCAACAACUGCUGCAAUCUCAGUCUCAUCUUCAGCAGCACCUACAGCAUCAGCACUCAUUCAAUGGUCAGACUCAGAAUCAUAAUCACAAUCAGCAGCAGCAGCAGCAACAACAACAACAAACUCAACAGCAAGUGGUAGAUAAUCAGCAGAUUUGCAAUGCCGGCUCUACGAUGUCUCAGUUUGUUUCAGCACCUCAACCUCAAUCAUCACCCACACAAGCUCAAUCUUCACUGAGCCAACAGCAAAGUUUUUCCGAUUCAAAUGUGAACCCUGUGACGACUAUUGUUUCUCCCUUGCACAGUCUCAUGGGUUCAUUUCCCCAGGAUGAAACAUCCCACCUUCUGAAUCUUUCAAGAACAAGCUCUUGGGUUCCUGUUCAAAAUUCAACAGGAUGGCCCUCCAAGCGUAUUGCGGUGGAUCCUCUUCUUUCUUCUGGAGCAUCUGUUCUGCCUCAGGUGGAGCAGUUGGGGCAGCCGCAAAACACCAUAUCUCAAAAUGUUGUUACAUUGCCACCAUUUCCUGGCAGGGAAUGCUCAAUAGACCAAGGGAGCAAUGAUCCCCAAAAUCAUCUUUUAUUUGGUGUUAAUAUUGAGCCUUCGUCUCUUCUAAUGCAUAAUGGAAUUUCAAACCUUAAGGGGAUCAGCAGCAACAGUGAUUCCCCAACCUUGCCCUAUCAGUCUUCCAAUUACCUGAAUACCACAGGCCCUGAUUCUUCAUUGAAUCAUGGAAUAACACAGAGCAUUGACGAAUCUGGCUUCCUGCAGUCGCCAGAAAAUGCGGGGCAAGGAAACCCACAGAACAAGACCUUUGUGAAGGUCUAUAAAUCAGGGUCCUUCGGAAGAUCGCUGGAUAUCACCAAAUUCAGCAGCUACCCUGAGCUGCGUGGUGAGCUUGCUCGAAUGUUUGGGCUUGAAGGCGAGUUGGAGGACCCUGUGAGAUCAGGCUGGCAGCUUGUAUUCGUUGACCGAGAGAGUGACGUUCUUCUCCUCGGUGAUGGCCCCUGGCCGGAAUUCGUAAAUAGUGUAUGGUGCAUCAAGAUACUUUCGCCCCAGGAAAUGCAGCAAAUGGGGAACACCGGUCUCGAGCUUUUGAACUCAGUUCCAAACCAAAGGCUCUCUAAUGGCGUCUGUGAUGAUUACAUGAGCCGUCAGGACCCGAGAAAUUUAGGCUCUGGGAUAACAACUGUAGGGUCUUUAGACUACUGAGAAAGAUGUGACUGUUUCAUAGUCUACAUUUCUUCCAUCUCAUAAUAUUGCCCUUGCUUCUUCUCAAUCCUUUGUCAAUGGUGAGAAGUGCUUCCUAAAUGUAGUUUAAAGCCUACUCUUUUCGUCUUUUGUCUUUGUUUUCCUGUUUUUCAUGCUAGGACCACCAUUCAUAACUAAUACUGUAACUAUAUGGCAUCUUGUCAAUGUGCUAGCGACAAUAUAUACGAUACUUAAUCCGUAGGAAAUCAAUGUGUGAAGAUAGUUCUCUCUAGAAUUUAACUUCUACAGAAUUUUACUUUUAA